AUGCCGAGCUCGACAAGGCGCCGUCGAGUCGAUGACAGCGAGGAUGAGACAGAAGACGUUGCUCCACCUUCACAGCGACGAUCACAACACACCAAAUCCACGAAUCGCGCCACUCCCUCUUCAGCAGCCGGACCUAGCGGGGCUCGCAACAAUGCUGCGGCAUCGUCAUCACAAGCUGGUGCAUCCAACGGUGCUGACCUCGGGGCAGAGCUCAGACCGCAACCACUGGGUCGAGAGCAUGUGCCCAACGUAAGGAGUUUAAUGGCCGAACUCAAAUCGCAGGAUCAGAGCAUUCUCAAAUGUAUAGAGUUGCUCAACGAGACGGCAGAGCAGCUGGCAGAGGCAUUCCGCGCGCAAGAUGAAUGCAAUGAGCUGGAGCGCGCCGAUGCCGAUCUGCGCGAACUGAUCGAUGCGCAGGCAGAAAAGGCAAUCCGCAGAAAGGUCCUCGACGAGAUUGCGCAGGACUUGCAUACGGGUGUUGACAUGGAUGAUCCAGCAAAGCGCUACAAAGAAGACGUACAAACGCAGCUCGACACAUACAACAAGCAAACCUCUCGUCAAAAGUACGCCAAGAACACAGACUAUCACAACUUCAAAAACACGGUAUGGGUGACAAAGGAAGACGGACCCAUGCCGCUCGUCAAGGAUCUCAUCCCUGCAGAACCAGGCGACGACGAUGCCUCCGACGACGACGACGAUGUUCAGACCGGUGGCGUGGUGCAAAACUUCCGCUGUCCGCUCACCACGAAUAUCCUGGAAGAUCCUCUCUCAAACACCCUCUGCACGCACUCGUAUUCGCGCGCUGCCAUCACAGAAUACGUUGCAGCAGGCAAUAACCGCUGUCCAGCUUCCUCGUGCAUGGCCAACGUCAGCAUGCGAUCGCUCAAACAGGAUCCACUCCUGGUCAAGAAAGUGGCGGCCUUCAAGAGACGAGAAGAAGAGCGUCUCAUCGCUCGACGACAAACCUCCACCGUCUUGUAUUGA